AUGGCCCUAGAUCUUGAGGCAGAGGACGAGGGCGGUACUUACGAGGUGAUGCUUCGCCCAGAGGCGGAGGGAUACACAGAGAGCGCUGAGUCAGAGCAGCACCAUCCCCACCCUCAGCCCAACCUGAACCUCAACUACCCCCCUCAGCCCCCUCCCUUACCCCGGGAACCCCUACCAGACGUUGGGAGACCCCCCAGUCAGGAGGAGGCAGAGGAAACCUUGAACCCUGGGGGUGGUUACUCUAACUACGUCUACACCCAACCUCUCAACCUCCAUGGGGGAGGGGCCAGGGUGCCGGGGGGACGGGACAUCAGCAUCGAGGAAGGGAUGGAGCCUAAAGACGAGGCAUAUUCUGAAGCCUACCACUACUCCCUGACAGAACAUGUGUAUGAGGAGAUCAACGACGCCCCCUCUGCUCAGAGAAAGGCGGGGUUCCGUCUGUUUGAGGGGAGGGACGGGGGCGGGGACUACUGGCAGCAGGAGGCAGUGGGGUCGAGGCUGCACCACUACGACGAGCGCUCGGACGGCGAGUCAGACAGCCCUGAGAAGGAGGCGGAGUUUGCUCCGUACCCGCGGGCAGACAGCUGCGACCAGGACGGUGAAGAGGACAUCAACAUGAUCGUAACGGAAGUCAGAGAGAGUGCCAGCUCUCAGAGUCUGGAGAGAGCUGCUGCUGGGUUGGGGGAGGGAGGGGACAAAGAAGACAUGAUGAAAGGAGGAGAGGAAGAGGGAGACUCUUACAACUCCCAAUCCGACGCCCCCACAGACUCCAAACAUCCCAAGGGAGAGAUGGAGAUUGAGGGGGAUGAGAGAGAAGGAGAGAACGUUCCAGCCCCAGCAGACAGUCCCUCUGAGGACUCGUCUGGGGUUCGUAACAGUCGUGAGAAAAGAGACGCCAUCACCCUGGCCAUAAAGGACAUCAAGGAGGCCAUAGAGGAGGUGAAGACCAGGACGGUGAGGUCACCCUACACCCCUGAUGAGCCUAAAGAACCCAUCUGGGUGAUGAGACAGGACCUGAGUCCCACCGCUGAGUGUUGUGACCUGCAGCCCUCACUAGGGGGCGACUCCAGGAGAAGCCUGGCCUCCUUUCCUACCUAUGUAGAAGUCCCAGGUCCAUGUGACCCAGAGGACCUGAUCGAUGGGAUCAUCUUUGCUGCUAACUACCUGGGCUCCACCCAGUUGCUGUCUGACAAGACCCCCUCCAAGAACGUCCGCAUGAUGCAGGCCCAGGAGGCUGUCAGCCGCAUCAAGACGGCCCAGAAAUUAGCCAAAAACAAGAAGAAGGCUCCAGAAGGUGAGGCCCAGCCCAUGACGGAGGUGGACCUCUUCAUCUCCACCCAGAGGAUUAAAGUCCUCAACGCUGACUCACAGGAGACUAUGAUGGACCACACUCUGAGGACCAUCUCCUACAUCGCUGACAUCGGCAACAUUGUGGUUCUGAUGGCAAGGCGCCGUAUGCCCCGCCCAGACUCCAUGGACAGCGUGGAGGCGUCAGACCCCGCCGAGGACGAGAAACAAAGGCAGUACAAGAUGAUCUGCCACGUCUUUGAGUCCGAGGACGCCCAGCUGAUUGCUCAGUCUAUAGGCCAGGCCUUCAGUGUGGCGUACCAGGAGUUCUUGCGAGCUAACGGCAUCAACCCAGAGGACCUGAGUCAGAAGGAGUACAGUGACCUGCUCAACACUCAGGACAUGUACAACGAUGACCUCAUACACUUCUCCAAGUCUGAGAACUGCAAAGACAUUUACAUCGAGAAGCAGAAAGGUGAGAUUCUGGGCGUGGUCAUUGUGGAGAGUGGGUGGGGCUCCAUCCUGCCCACAGUCAUCAUCGCCAACAUGAUGCAUGCUGGUCCGUCGGAGAAGUCAGGCCGUCUUAAUAUCGGAGACCAGAUUAUGUCUAUUAACGGGACCAGUCUGGUGGGGCUACCCCUGUCCACCUGCCAGACCAUUAUUAAGGGUCUGAAGAACCAGUCUCGUAUCAAGCUGAACAUCGUCAGGUGUCCUCCUGUUACCACGGUGCUCAUCAGACGACCUGACCUCAGAUACCAGCUGGGCUUCAGCGUACAGAAUGGCAUUAUCUGCAGCCUUAUGCGAGGGGGCAUCGCUGAGAGGGGAGGGGUCAGGGUCGGCCACCGCAUCAUCGAGAUCAAUGGCCAGAGCGUGGUGGCCACGCCCCACGAGAAGAUCGUCCACAUCCUGUCCAACGCCGUGGGAGAGAUCCACAUGAAGACGAUGCCAGCUGCCAUGUACCGCCUGCUAACUGCCCAGGAGCAACCUGUUUACAUCUAG